GUUUUAUUAAGUUUGAAGAAUACAUUGGUUUUAACGAAAAUUAAAGAAUAUAUGUGGAUUUUUUUAUAAGAAUUUUUACCAAGACUUUUUAUUUUAUUUUCUUUUAACCAGAGAAACAUACAUUAUGCUAAUAAAACAAACCAAAAUUAAAUUGUGAUUAUUGCCAACUGUUUUUUAUUGGACAUAUGUUCCUAAUCUAAAAAUAUAAGGUUUAGUUUUUAUUUUUUGUUUUAAUAAAAUGGACAACUCCUUAGCAAACUUUGAACUUUCGGAAAGCACUGUGAAAAUUGGCCCUGAUUCAGAAAAUGGCUCUGAUAAAAGCGAUGAAUUGGUUUUCCUGGACGAUAAGAAUUCCUCUAGCAAUUCAGAGAGUCUAGAAAAUUUUGAUGAUAAUUUACCAGCCACAGUUACAUUGUUGGUCGAUAAAGACACUGGGGCCAAGGUUUAUCUUAUUGGAACUGCCCAUUUUAGUAAAGAAUCACAAGAAGAUGUUUCUUUGGUUAUUAAUAAAGUACAGCCCCAAAUAGUUGUUUUGGAACUAUGCAAGUCCAGGACAAACAUUUUGGCUUUGGAUGAAGCUACGAUUUUGGAAGAGGCCAAAAAUAUUGACAUGCAAAAAAUGAUGCACACAAUCAGGGAGAAUGGGGUUUACAAUGGAGUCAUGUAUUUGUUGUUGUUAAAUAUGAGUGCACAUUUAGCUAAAGAAAUUGGGAUGGCCCCUGGAGGUGAAUUUAGGGUUGCAUAUAAAGAAGCAGCAAAAAUCCCAAAUUGUGGAAUUCAUUUAGGAGACAGACCAAUUAAUGUUACUUUAAAAAGGGCUUUAGCUAAAUUAAGUUGGUUUCAAAUGUUUAAAUUGGGCUGGCAUUUGUUAACUUCUAAAGAUCCAAUAUGUAUUGAAGACAUAGAAAAAUGUAAAAACCGUGAUAUGCUGGAGCAACUAUUGGCUGACUUGGCAGGGGAAUACCCAGCUUUUAGAGAAGUUUUCCUGGAUGAAAGGGACAUAUUUUUAACCAAUUCUUUACAAGCAGCCUCCAAAGAGAGGCUUAAAUCAUCUGCUCAACACAACAUAGAACACAAAGAACCCCUGAGAGUUGUGGGCGUGGUGGGGAUAGGCCAUACCCCGGGAAUCAUAAAACUUUGGCCCAAAGACCAGCAAGGCAACAUCGCGGAAAUAAUGGAAAUUCCGCCCCCAUCUCUAACGUCCGUUGUUGUCAGUUAUACGUAUAAAAUGAGCAUGCUGACUUUGGGGGGCUAUUUGAUAUACCGUUACGUUCCCAUACCGAAAAUGGUGAAAUCGAACGUGGAAGCUGCCGUACACAAAAUGAUAUCUAACAUUAAGAUUAACAGAAUUUAUUGAGAUUUUUUUCUUGUUUGAUGUAAAUAUCUAUAUUUUUAUAUUAAUUUACUUUUAGAUAUACAUUCCUGUUGAUAUUUUUAAGUUUGGAUAAAAGGUAUUUUAGUAUUAUAAAUAAUAAACGAUUUUGCAGUUUUUUUA